GAAGAUAUUUUGUCAAAUAAAAGUUUUCGAGGGACAUGGCAAUAUCGACUCAGCUCGUAAAACUACCAUACAAAUAUGUAUUUUAUAGGGUCUGAGAAAAUAAACAGACUCUUGGUUUAUAAAACAUUCACGCCUUCAACAUUUGGGGUUUCCUUCGAGAGACUGUCAUGCAGAAGUCUAAAAUUUAAGAGUCAAUAAUAGUGGACUUAGAAGCCAAUAAUACUUUCUUCGUUGGAGCAUAUUUUUAUUUUUAAGCAUUCUUCAAUUUUAUGCCUUUAACUAAUUUAUAAAUUUUACUUAACAUUAUGUAAAUAGCAAAUCUUUCUCGACUACGUACAAUUCGUCUUCAAACUGAAAGUUAUUCGAUCCGGGCUGUAGUGCUAACAAGUAGACCAAAACGUCAUAAAAAGAUAUAUAGAAAAUUAUAUUAAUUAUAAUUUACAUUCUCUAAUAUAUAUAUGUCUAUAAGCUUUUUUUUAUAAAACGGAGUCAAACCAAGUCUAAAAAUAUGCAGUAGUAAGUUUCAGAACUUUUUUGUUUGGUACAAAUAUAUUAUAAAUUAAAAAAUUAUAUUUUUCUGCAGGUGGCACACACCCUAAAUAAUAUCUCAAAUUAAUUCACAAAAUGAUUCAGAUGCAACAGUGCUUUAUUAAUACCAUAUCGGAAUCUAUUACAAUUCGAUUAUGUCGGGACAGCUACUUACCUGCUGCUUAUAAAAUUUGUGUGGCUUUAGUAAAGCAUUGCGUAUUUUAGUUGUUUUAAUUGGUUUAGCAUGGAUUAUAAGGCAAAAAGAAAUAAAAGAGCGCAAAUUAACAACGCCGUUCCAUAUUUGUCACCACAAGCUGCCGGUGAAAAUUAUAUCCAACACAAUGGAAUAAAACAAAACGUGACUAACUCUCCAAAGCAAAAUGCUGUCAACCACUCCAUCGAUCCUACUUUUCAAACCGGCGAGUGUACUGCUUGCCGCAAGCCAUCAAUAUGUGUAUGUGAACGAUGUGGAGAUUUUUACUGCUCACCGGGUUGCCAAAAGAAAGAUUGGCAAAGCCAUAGAUAUAUAUGCUUCCCAAUGCCAAAAUUGGUACAGCCAACAUCAGUUUUGACAACGGACGCUGUGUAUCCUGCUAAUGCGCCACUACUAACUGUUAACCAAAUUUCUCAUACCAACCCGUUCAAAAGUAUUCAACGUACUCAACAGCAACCACAGAAUUUACGAAAUAAUUCACAACAAAAUCACAGUUUGACGGGACAUCCACAGCUCUCUGAUACUAAUGGACAACAACAACAAACAAAUAUUAAGGCCAUACAGAAGGCUAAUAAUAAAGAUGCAAAACAAACGACCAAAGUGACAACGACUACUGUACCAACAGUAGACCUACCCAAGACCAACAGUCAUGUGACUUUGACCGGCUUUCGUACACCAAACCGUUGUUAUGUGCGCGCUGUCAAUCCAUCCGUUGAAGAUGAUACCAUGUUGAAUGCACGCAAAAUUGAUGGUUUUGGAAAAGUGGCAAAACCACUAAGCGCAAUGCCCAAGCUGCACAGUUAUGCCAUAGCACCAUAUAACGGUAUUAUGCAUCGUGUAGAAGUAUUAUUUGCACGUAACCCCGCCAACAUUCGUGUGCUCUUCAUUGAUCGCGGUGUAAUUGCGACACGAAAUCUAAGGGAUUUGCGUGAAAUUUCCGAUGAAAUUAUAUCGCUUAAACAAUAUACAUGUAUGAUACAAUUGCGCAAUGUAUGCAAUUAUGUGUUGAGUGAGAAAUUGGUAAAACAUUUUGCCAGUUACGAGGAUUUAGACUUCAAAAUAAAAUAUGAACGCGUCGAAAACGGUGUGGACCUGUUGCAUUGGCAAACUGAAAAAUCACUAAAUGAUGAAGUUGAGCAAUUUUGCAAGGAAUCAGGUGCUGAAGUUUGGACUGAUGGUGUACGCGUUAAACAAAAUACUGUUAAUAAUAAUACCAAUGCCAAUACUAUUAAACAACCAAAUUCAGCAGGCGACAGCCAAAAUGUGGACGAGCCACACGAUGAACAAUUUUAUGCGCUUCAACCAAGCUCGUCCACAGCGAAUUCACAUGUAAGUGUGCAGCAGAAGCAGGCUAUACCAAUAGAUAGUAAUGGCAUAAAGGAAGCGAAGAAAAGAGAAAGUGUCAUUGAAGUAGAACAUCCCACGAUGAAAGCGCCGUUCGAAAUACACUACUUCAAAAUGGGUUGUGACCCUUUCAAGGCUGUUGUGCUUGAUGUUUCCUGUUUAGAAAUCGGUUAUUUGGGCUGUAUUGCACAGGAUGAUUUGGAAUGCCUACAGAUUGUGCAUAAGCAGUUGGAGUCCAUAACUGUAUCUGAUAAACCCUAUAAGCCGCAAUUGGAGGAGUAUUGCAUUGCAAAAUUUGAAGAAAUGUGGUAUCGUGCUCAGGUAAUUGAUAUACCUAACGAAUCCGAGUACACCGUGAUGUACAUCGAUUUUACGAAUGAAGCAACUUUGAAAAGUACCGAUAUACGCCACUUUCCGGCAAGCGCAACAGGGGCGUGCAAAACAAGUCUAUGCUUAAUUGAUGGCUUGCCAACAAAUUUGAGUGCUGAGCUCAUAAGAUUUUUGAAUGAAGAAAUAAAACUGCAAACUCUUAUUACCAUUGAUCGUGUGAAGAAUAUCGACGAGCAAGUAGUAGUGGUUGAAUGUAAGAGUCUUUUGGACAAAAUUCGAAAAAAUAAUUUGCUUACUUAAAUCCUAUAAGAACGUUGUUAUCGCUAAGACGGUAUAUAAUCGAAGCAAAGGCUCUAAUUAUAAAAUUGCUUAGCCUCCCACUAUAAUGAGUACUUGCUUCGAUAUGAACAAUAUGUAGUUUUGAAUGGAAGUUAAUACACCUAUUUGACAGAAACAUAUGAAAAUGUUUCGAUAUCAGUUGCAACACCAUAUAAUUGAUAUAAAUCCUUCUCUGUUAAUUUUAUAGAGGAUAUUUCCUUUAAUAUUAUAUAUACAUAUAUAUUGCACCCACUUUUUAUAAUAAUCUAUUAUCCAUGAUGAAUACAACGAACGUAACCGCUCCAAUAUGACUUUGACGUCCUAAUCCAUAUAUAACUCAAAUGGUUAGAUCCGUGAAAGUGGAGCCUUUUAUGUGUAUCCUUCGAAAGUUAUUGUUUCGAAGAAAAUUUUAUCAUGAACUACAUAUAUUUUGAGAGGUAACAUUUUUAAGGCAUGAAAAAAUUUUAUAUGGUAAAAUAUGUAUUGAACGAAAUUGCGCAGGUCUAUGGUUGACAGUUAUCUAAAUAAAAACGGUCUAUGAUCCACGUUUUACUAAUAUUUGUAAGCAGUCAAUCCAACGUCUUUAUGUCGCACUGUUUAUGACUGAGUGCAUAGUGGUAGUACCGUUAUCCCUCUCCUGAAAGAAGAGCACUGUAAUAUGUGUUUUUUUUAUUUUCAUCGAUUUUUUUUUUAUAUCAUUUAAUGAUUGUAAUAUUUUUUUAGAAUAUUGCAUGCAUACUAAAGGCUGUUGGACUUUUUGAAAACUAUUUUUGGGUUGUACUUGAAAAAGUUUACAAAUCACUAAAGUAUUUACUGCAAUCUGCAAUCUUCAAUGACAUUUCAACUACUGAAAAUUUAUAUAUUAUUUCACUUAUGAAGUAUCGGUUGAAACAACAGUGUGUUGGCCAGAAAAUACAUUUUCGCUCGCUAAAGAGAUCAAUCCAAUGCAAUGUAAUAUCCCUAUUAUGUAUGGGAACCAGUGUAUAGUUGCGGUUCUACUAGCCUUCGCAACUAUAACAGUAAUUUGUAUUAUGUAUGGCGAUCUUGUCUACACAAUCUAAAAUGCAGUACACGAUUGCUAAAAAUCUUUC